CAUGAAAUGAGAAGCAUACAUUUUUCUCAGUUUUUUGUCAGUUGGUCAUAAUAUAGACUAUUCAUUAAUUUUGUGAGCUCUUGUCGAAAGGUAUUGUACUAGUCAAAUUAAAGCUUAAAGAUUUUCGUUGUUUUUUUUUUCUAAUAUUUUAAUUAAAUUAGGUUUUUUAUGCUAAGUAUAUUCCAAGUAUUUAUAUUGAUUAUAUACCAACCAUAAUUUAAUAGGAAAACUUCAUACUAUAGAGAACUUAAAUAAAAUUGAAAAAUUAAUUUAUAGAUACUAUUCGAAAACAGAUCGCAUCAAAAAUUCCUAAGAUAAUGCGUCAACGGAGAUAGCCAAUUGUCCCUCCCCCUGCCUUUUCAAUUAAAGCAUCCUGCCCUACUCCUCAGUCUGGUGUUGUCUUCGACUGAAUAGUGACCUAGUGAACUUAUCUCUAAGGAUGCGUUUUAUUUUUCUAUUAAUGAUUAUUAUAGUAGGAGGAGUCCUUGGAGGGAAGGGUCGUGGAGGGGGAGGCCGUGGAAGAAGCAAGGGAGGAGGCGGCGGAGGCUGGUUCUUCGGCGGCAAGAACAAGAAUAAGGCACCUUCCGGAGAACCCAAUUAUCCCAGGCAGCCUGCCCCCGAGCCACCUUCUUACAACCCCCACGGACCCUCCGCUCCGGGCUGGAGGCAGCCUGAUGCCAGGCCUCCUGCUUACAACCCUUCUUACGGCGGCCCCAACGGUCCUCCACCACCGUACUCCAAGAACGCUCCGCAGUACCCACAGAGCGGGGGCCAUGCUCCACCUCCUCCUUAUUCGCAGUACCCCCAGCAAGGCCACUAUCCUCAGUACCCUGGUCCUGGGAGCUACGCAGGCUAUCCCCAGUAUCCUCAACACUACGGCGGUGGUGGUGGUGGUUUUGGACAGUUUGGUGGUAUCGGUGGUUACGGUAAUAGUGGUUACGGAUCCGGAGGCUUCUUCGGAGGUUAUCCUAAGAGAAGGGGAUUCGGCAUGCCGGGGAUCAUCCCAAUCCCCAUACCGAUUCCGAUAGGCGGAGGAGGGUUCGGGUACGGGAGCUACGGUGGUGGCUACUACAGGCACAGGAGUAAUUCGGAGGUUGUGAGGGAUAAAGAAGGGAACAUUAUAGAGACCUCGGACGACUCCAAGGAGCUGCCUAGGAUCAUGGCUCCGCCCGACUUCGAGCUGAAUGGAGUCACUGAGUUGCCUCCGGACGCUCCAAUCGCUCAAUGGGAUAUCGUAGGCAAGGAGACUGCAGCAGAAGAACUCAAGAAACGAGGUGAAGACUACAGUGGAGAAUUCAAUGACAAAUAAGUGAACUUCAGCAAGAUCUGCGAUUUAUCAUAUGCAAUAAACAAGAAUUUAUUUUAUUUUUAUAGCUUUAAUAUACAAUUUUUUUGUAAUUGUUUGUUUUCUUAUUUUUCUCCCUCCAAGAAAAACAUAAUAAAAUUUAGAU